AUGGCGGAAAAGGAGGAGAUUAUAAAGAAGAACUUGAUUAAAAGAGUCAUGAAGGGGGAAUGGAAAAAGGUUGUCGAAAUAUGUGGUCGUCAGCCAGAGGUUCGACGAAUGAAGAUCAAUAAGUCAGGUGGGACAGCUUUACAUAUGGCGGUCUAUGAAGGCCAAGAACAAGUUGUCAAAGAUCUAUUGGACAUGAUCGAAGACAGUGAUGCCGAUGAUGAUGAAAGGGAGCUAGCCUUAGCAGAUAAAAAGGGGAACACGGCUCUCCAUCUAGCAGCAAAGAUGGGGAACGAGAGAAUGUGCGUGCAAAUUGCUUGGAAGAUGCCUGGUUUGAUUGGUUUUCGGAACAAAGAUAGUGAGACUCCACUAUUCUUGGCAGCUCUAUAUGGUAAGAAACAUGCUUUCAUGUCUCUCAGUAUCAUCUGCUGUUAG